UAUCUUGUGGGAUACUUGGAAAACAAUAUCGAAUUCGAAUGCUGCUCAUACACACUCAAAAUCAGCCCACGGUCAACGCGAUUAAUAUGAAAAUUUUUAGUUCCCGGCAUUGACACUGUUAAUGGGUUAUUCUUUUUACACAAUCGUGAAAUGUAAAGAUACAUGAGAAAAGAGCAUACUGAUUUAGUUCGAUACCAAAAUCAACUGUGACAUAAAAACAAAUAUUUACAGAAAAAUUAUGAUAAUCAUGUACACACUAAAGUGCGAAUUGUAAAAAAUUAUUUACACAGAGAUUGACAACUUGGUGUUUAAAAAUGAGUUCUUUAUCCUUGCCCCGUGUUCUAUCUAAUAUCAGUUCUCGAAACUUCACCGACAAAAAUUCAAACUUUCUAAGUUUAAACCGUUCCGCUGGUCAUGAGAUGCGUCAAAUUACAAAAGUAUAUUCUACUCUUUCAUUAAAUGAAACAGCGGAGCGACGUAAACGAAUUCUUAACAGAAAUGGAAGUAUUUCUAAUCAGCAUUUUCGUGGUGUUCACAAGCAUUUAUUGGAAUCUCACACUAAAGUAGUUUGUCAUUCAAUGACAAUUGAGGACUUGUACGAAGAGGUUCUGUUUGAAAUUUACAACAACAUUGGUUGUGAGACUAGUGAUGUUGGUACAAAAAGCCUGGUGGAGUUUGCACAGGACGUUUUCAAAAUACCUAAUUCAACUCACUUGGAAAUUUCUGAAAUUGCCAGGAUGAAGGAACCACCUAACCUAAGACUAAAUGUUGAAGUCAUAAAAGCAGAAAAUUUACUUUCAAAGGAUUCAAAUGGAUUAUCAGAUCCAUUUGUAACAUUAUACUUGGAAUCAAACAGUUCGCACCGUUAUAACUCAUCCGUAAAAAUGUCUACAUUGAAUCCUAUAUGGGAGGAACAUUUUUCAUUGCCAAUUAUUGAAGGUCCUCGUGAGGAAGUUCUAAUUAUUGAAGUUUGGGAUUUUGAUGCUGCGGAAACUAUCAAAGACAAGUUUAAUAAACUUUUGGAUGUCAAAGGCGUCAAAGGCCUUAGUAAGCUAAUGAAGGAAAUUGCCGUUACUGCUUCUUCUGGAAAACAUGAUAACGAACUUAUUGGACGUGCAGUGAUUUCUCUUAAGUCUAUUCCAGUUUCUGGACUCACAGUUUGGUAUAAUCUGGAAAAAGGAAAUAAAACAAAGAGUCGCGGAUCUGUUUUAGUGAACAUUGCGAUAAGUGCCGAAAAAAAUAAAAAUGUAGCUAUCCAAGAACAUAAACACCUUUUAAAAUUGUUACUCAUGCAUGAGUUGGAUACAUCCCAAGUGGCCAACUAUUGGUGGAGCGGUAAAUUUAGCUCCAUGGCCGAAGCUAUUAGAACUCAACACGCUGUUCAAGGUGGACUCUCUUCCUUCGAUUGUGCACUUUGUCAAUGGCAUGCAUAUAGUACUGUUCAUGAGACUCACAAGCUUAGUUUUGUACUCUUCAAUUCUAUACUCGACGUUUUAAUUUCAGUAAUUAACUGUUUACAAAAAGACUCUGAGGACCUUAAAAUAUUUUGGGAAGGUGCAAAAAGGCUGCUGCCAUCUUGCUUUUCGGUAUUACGGCAACUACGCUCCAGAAACAUCAGUGAUAACAAAAUACUAAAAGCACUCUCUGAAGUAUUAGAUAUUCUAUCGAAACUGAAAACUUUUGAAGUGCCAGCAACAGUUGAAAUAUUCCCUAAAUCAGUCUAUGGCUGGAUGGAUUCUAACGCAUCAUGCAACAUCGAUACCGCUAUCGUUGAUGCAAUAAAUAGUGGAGCGAAAGAGUGGAUGGAACAUAUUAUUGAAGGCAGCAAUCUAACGAAAGACAGUGGAUCCGAUGAAAAUAAAUUGCAAAAUGUCAUUAAAAUAAUACAAAUGGUUCGAACAGAUUUACAACGUGCGAUGGAAUAUUUUGAUAAAUUGUUUUACCACAAAAUUCGUGUUAACUAUUCCACUACACUAUUUCUGUUUUAUGAUUCAAAACUGGUGGAGAUAUGUAAAACUAAUGUAAUAGACGUGUGUACAAACAUUCAAAUGUUAGAUGUUCCUGAUGAUCAGUUUGAAUACUUACCAAAUAUUGAUGAUGUUAAUAUGGGAACUACGUUAUUUGAAGUUUAUUUGGUUCUCAAACGAUACAAUAUUCUGGGGCAAUCACUAUGUCCCAACUGUAAAUUGGAGAUGACUGAAUUUUAUCAAUGGUUUGAAAGGGGUGUAACACAUUGGCUUGAUAUUUCAAUAAUAAAGGCCCUUAAUCGCAUUCAGAAAGCUAUAGACUUAGACCAACUCCAUGCUGUCGAUGAAACGGUUAAGUAUAGUUCAUCUGCAGUAGACACUUUGGCCAUUUUUUAUCAGAUUAAAAUAUUUUGGCAACAAUUGGACUGGCCAGAAAUAGAAGGAUCGUAUACAUUUGUAGCGAAAAUUGUAAAUGAUAUAUGCCGAUGUUGCGUUUUCUAUGCACAACGGAUGUCACGCCGUGUAGAAACCAUAACCAAGUUAGAAGAUAAUGAGGAAAUGUUUAUUUUAUCGCAAGAGUGGUGUUUGGCUAUUAACAACAUGGACUACAUCCGCCAGAGCUUACCCUCAUUUAUAAAGGAACUGGGUGCUGAUGAUGUGAUUCGAAGAAUAGGAGAAUACAGAACCAAUCUGGAAGCUGAACGGUGCUCCGACACGAUAAAAGCUGUAAUUGAUAAUGCCCUCGAUACACAGCGUAAUCAAAUUGUUGAAAUGAUAGAACAUGUUGCCCGCAAGAUGUCUCCAUCUAUACGUAGAUUCUUAACAGAAGGGGCAGAAGUACUCCAUAAAGACUCAAAUUCUAUGGAAAGGCUGAUGAUGUACUUAGAACGGUCAUUAACGACGCUUUAUGAUACUCUUAAUGAAGUCAACUUUGGCAGAAUUUUGGACGGUAUUUGGGGAGAAUUGUCGAUAAUAAUAUAUGACCUUAUUCAGUCUAAUCUCGAUAAACGCCGACCGCCAGCAUUUUUUCAAAACUUGAGGGACACUCUCCGCACUAUGAUAUCUUGCUUCAAAAUUGGAGACGCAAAAACAUCAGAUGUUAAAAUUUUAUCAGAGAUUGAAAGCAUACUAGACCUCCAUGCUCUCGAAACUGCUGAUCUUAUCCACCAAUAUUAUCUAGACCGGUAUAGAAAUCAAAGAGAACAAUCCACAGCACAUUUCGGGCAACUUACAAUUACCGGACAAUUUACAGAUUCUGGAUUAUUACUCAAAAUAUUAAAUGCUCGCAACUUAGUUUCUAUGGAUAAAAACGGACUAUGUGAUUCAUUUGUUAAAGUCUACAUGAUGCCUACUGGUCGAUUUAAUGGGCUUACACCAGUAAAAACGGCCGUUCAUAAUAAAAAUUGCUUUCCACUCUAUGACGAACAAUUUAACUUUAAUUUGAAUUCGGAUCAACGCCUGAUGGAAGAUAGCUUGAUUUUAUUUAGUGUAAAGGAUAAGGAUUUAUUUGGAAUGACAAGUCAAUAUAUAGCAGAAUGUUAUAUAACGUUUGCAGAUCUCACAGCAUCUAAUGGCGAGCAAAUUAUUAUGAGCCUAUGUAGACCAGAUAUCACAGAUUCCAUGGCAUUGCGUGCUCUGGAGCAUAGACAAGGUGAUAAGCAAGCAAAGGAUUUUCUGAAAAAGUUAAAGAGCAAAUCAAAUUCUUAAUUCUCGAUACUGACGAAUGUCUAGUCAACGACUUGUUAUUUACAAAUGUUAUUAUGGUAUUAUUUAUAUAUUUUCGCAAACUUGAGUAAAAAGUCCAUUUUAACUAGA